UAAAAGAAUCCAGUCAAAACCGAAUGCAUAAAGUUUUUGUAAGCAAUCAUGAAACCACUCGCUGUUUUUGUCAUCUUCGCCGUGUUGGCUUAUGCGUCCGCUGACACAAUAAACGGACCAACUAUCUAUGAUGGACCAACUUACGAACUAAAACCUAUCGAAGAACCGGCAAAUGAUGGUAACGAAGAUGCGACAAACUCACCCGUUCGGCAAGCACGCGUGACCUGCGAUCUUCUGUCCUGGCAAUCCCAGUGGCUCUCCAUUAAUCACAGUGCAUGCGCCGCGAAAUGCUUGGCCCAGCGUCGUCGGGGCGGUCGCUGUCGCGACGGCAUCUGCAUUUGUCGUUAAAUAUCAUCCUACGUCACGUUCGGAAACAGCACUCGUGUACACACGAGCGUCAUUCUAUCUUUGUUUUAUAUAUAAUGAGUAAUAAAGAUAAAAUAUACACUAGUGAUGUUUCCGAACGCAGCUCUAUUGACCUCGACUCGAAUUCCGGGUAAUUCCAAAAUGAUACUCAUAUCCCGCGAUGUUUAUUAAUGUGUUACGACAUUCUGGUCAUAGAUAUUAAAAAAUUAAAUAUUAAAACCUUGUCAUAUUUUAUACGCAAAUAUUUUAAAUGUAUGUUUGUAUGUUAUUAAAUAUAAUCUAAUCAUGUAAAUGCACUGCAUAUUAAAUUACUUGUUUCUCUUUC